AAUAGGUAGUUUCAGAGCAACAUGUUGAUAUGUAGGUAAAUGCUGUCAACUAUGAGCAAUCUACAGGAAAGUAUUGCAGCUUCACCCGCCACUCCAUCUGUGAAAGACUUGGUGAAGGUUUUGUACGGAGGAAAAAGGUUUGACAACCAUGUGGAUGAAGUUUGGCCUAACCUUUUCCUUGGCGACAUGUCAGUGGCCAAUGAUCGCUACAGUCUGUGGAAGCUGGGAAUCACUCAUGUUCUGAAUGCAGCUCAUGGAAGGAUGCACUGUCAGGGGAGUCAUGACUUCUACGGCUCCACUGUGGACUAUUAUGGAGUGCCUGCAGAUGACUCACCAUCCUUUGACCUCUCUCGCUAUUUCUCUUCCUCUGCUGAGUAUAUUCAGAGUGCACUUGACACAGCUGGUGCUCGGGUUUUUGUCCACUGUGCAGUUGGAGUGAGCAGAUCUGCCACCGUCGUCCUGGCCUACCUAAUGAUCCACCACCGUUACACCUUGCUAGAGGCCAUCAAUAAGGUCAAAGAGCACAGAUGGAUUUUCCCAAACAGAGGAUUCCUCAAACAGCUUCGUGCUUUGGAUCUGAAACUGCGCAAGACAUCCUGAGUAAUCCUCUGCACCUCAAAAAGAAAGAGAUUGUCUAAAUUACAGAGCCUCAGAUGCCUGUUUUUCCUCAGUAUAAAUGAAGAAUUGAGCACCUGCCAGUGGAGGGAGAUACUGUACUUUGACUUUAAUCAAUUUGUUUCAAGAAUGGUAUUGAACUAUUAUUGAGCCUGGCGCUGUGUUAAAUGUGAAUCAUGCUGCCUGUUCCCAGGAUAUUGACCCUUAUAUUAGUAGGAGAUCUGUGUAAUCAACUCACCCUCAGGCAGAAUCCAUUUUAGGAGACAAAAUGACUCAUUUAACCUUUUGUUUUAUGUUAAAGAAAAUAUAAAUCCACUAUGUUGUGCUGUGUAUUUACACUAGAACAACAUGAACGAUUAAUAAAUGGUUAUUAUUUAGUAUAGUUUAGUUGUAAGAAAAGUUUAGCACAUUUUAACUGUCUACAGAUAGGCUAUACCUCACUAUAUGAAGCAUCCAUAACUGGUAUGUGAUCGGAUAAUGAAUGAUUGACAGCAUUGCAUUUAUAAUCAUAUAUAAAAAACAUGUUUGUAUCAGUUCUGAAUCAUUUA